UUUGACUGUCAAUUACACAAAUCUUUCUUUUGGGACUUCAACUGUUAUUUAUAUUUCCACGAUGCUGUUUUUUUGUGUAAUGUGAAGUAUAAGAAAUUAGAAUUUUAUAAGAUUGUUUUGUCCUUGACAAUGUGACACACCUGUUGCUGUAGUUAAUGACUGACAGAAAUCAAUCACUCAUAUAAAAUAUCCAUAAACAACAUUGACUGCUUAUGUCCAUAUAAGACAAUCAAAAACAAAACAAAAUCACUGCUGAAAUAAAUCAGAUGAUGUGAAUCAUAUCAUUUCAUUGCUAAAUCUGCUAAAUGACUAAAUGUAAAUCUGCUAGUGUGUUAUUGAUGACAGGACAGUCAGUCAGUCAUGAUCAUAUCUAACAGAACACUACCUACUUUGCCUACUUGGAUGUUUUUUAUAGAGGACUUUUAAAGACAGAUAUGUCAGAUUUAGCAAACUUUUAGUCUAGAGAAAAUACAAAACUCUCUGCAUGUUCUUCAAUAGAUAAAUACACACAGACACACAUCAUGGAACAUGUACUUUCAUAAUCAUAAUCCAGUAUGUGGGAUCCUUCAUUCAUUGGGUUAAUUUAAUUAAACCAAUGUUAAGUUUAGUCACAACAUCACUCAGAAAGCAGAAAUAAUGCAAAGACUUUAUGCUGAAUGUUGUAUAAACUCUUACACGCUUCUUUAAAAGUGUCACUCUGAAUGAGUGCAGACCUCACAACACGUCAUGUUGUCAGGACUCUACAUGUUUGAAGCCUGUGUAAUUAUUCAGUGUCCUUUAGAGGUGAUUGUGUUAUGACCAUAAACACACUCGCUCUCUCUGUCACUCGCACACAAACACACACAUCUGUGGUACUUCAUACAUAAGUGUUUGGGAUACUGAGAAGUGGGUGUGUGUAACAGAGAGAGAUAUGAGUGUGUGUGUGUGUGUCUGACAGAGAAGCGUGUGUGUGUAUGUGUCUGAAAGACACAGAGAAGUGUGUGUGUGUGUGUGUGUGUCUGACAGAGAAGCGUGUGUGUGUGUUUGUGUCUGAAAGACACAGAGAAGUGUGUGUGUGUGUCUGACAGAGAAGCGUGUGUGUGUUUGUGUCUGACAGAGAAGUGUGUGUGUGUGUCUGACAGAGAAGCGUGUGUGUGUGUGUCUGACAGAGAAGCGUGUGUGUGUUUGUGUCUGACAGAGAAGUGUGUGUGUGUGUUUGUGUCUGAAAGACACAGAGAAGUGUGUGUGUGUGUGUUUGUGUCUGAAAGACACAGAGAAGCGUGUGUGUGUUUGUGUCUGACAGAGAAGCGUGUGUGUGUUUGUGUCUGACAGAGAAGUGUGUGUGUGUGUUUGUGUCUGAAAGACACAGAGAAGUGUGUGUGUGUGUGUCUGACAUAGAGAGAAGUGUGUGUGUGUGUGUGUGUGUGUGUCUGACAUAGAGAGAAGUGUGUGUGUGUUUCACUUCCAUAUAAUGAUGAAGAGCUGUAGAUCCUCAGAGAAGUUCAGACAUCAGUUGAGAGGUCCAGCAGUGAUGGAGUGGGAUUGUUAUGUAUCUGUGUUGAAGUUGAUGAGUUCUGUCAGUGUGAGUGAUUUGAGCCGAUCUGUAGCACUGGAUGAUCAAAACAACCAGCAGCAAAGAGCAGGAACCAACGCUACCUGGAACAGGAUCCAUAAUGCCGUGAUCGCUGUGUUUCAGCGUAGAAAUUUGGCAGAAAAUGAACUCUACACACUGAAUGAAGGGGUUAGACAGCUGCUGAAGACAGAACUGGGCUCUUUCUUCACAGAGUAUCUUCAGAAUCAGCUCUUAACAAAAGGAAUGGUGAUCCUGCGAGAUAAAAUUCGCUUUUAUGAAGGUCAGAAGCUUUUGGAUUGUCUGGCAGAGACGUGGGAUUUCUUCUUCUGUGAUGUGUUGUCCACACUGCAGGCCGUUUUCUAUCCCGUCCAGGGCAAAGAUCCGUCAGUGCGCCAGCUCGCCCUUUUACAUUUCAGGAAUAUCAUUACUCUUAACAUCAAACUGGAAGAUGCGCUGAUGCGUCCACGAGCCCGAAUCCCUCCGUCAAUCAUUCAGAUGCUGCUCGUCCUACAGGGGGUUCACGAGUGUAAAGGUGCGAGCAGUGAUUAUCUGAAGUUGGAGUCUCUGGUACAGAAGGUUGUGUCACCCUAUCUGGGUACACACGGUCUUUUCUCCAGCGACGGCUCUGUCACUCAGUGCUCAUGUUUGUUAGAGAAGCGACUGCACCGCCACAGUCUGCGAUCCAUUGACUCGCCUGUAAAAAACCCAGUGGUUCGCUCAAAAAGCUACAACAUGCCGAUUCUGAUGCCGGUGGCUGAGUAUGUGUCUGAGAGCAGCGCGGGGGGCAACGUGAGCAUCCGCCGUCAUUCUGUGUGUCAAAUGACUUCAUGUGUGGAAGAGACUGCCUUCUCUGAGAUUCCUCCCAGCCCGCUGACGUCCUUCACCUCUCAGGCUGAAGAUUGUGAAGACCCGGCUCGUGAUGGAUGUGCGGCACGUGGUUCUCUCUCCUCUUCACCACCCAUACUCUCUGAGCUCCAAGAAGCCCGUGACACCUCCUUACUGCCCAGUCUUCCGUCCAGUCCAGAGACGGUUGUGGAUCAGAUUCUGGAGUCUUUGGACUCGGACACUGAGGGAAUCUUUAUUGAUUUCCAGCGGCAAUGCUCCAGUUUGUCUGAUGACAGCCGCAGAAGUGAGAGUGUGGAUUAACUGUUGACAACACUUUUUUACACGCUGCUGUUUUUUUCUGUGACGGCGCAGAUGUUUUAACUGUCCAGUAUAGUGCUUCAUUCAGAACACCGCAAUAAUAAAUGAUCAAUAAUGCAUAUUUUCUUUAGAAAGGCUUUUCAUAAAAUGUGAUACAAUCCAAAUGACCAUCAAAGUACAAAUAGAGAUGCGACUCUGACAGAUUGUCUUUAUGCAUUUUUUAAGUUGAGCAGUUUUUUAAAACAUAAUCAAUAAUGUAAUUUUUGAAUAAAUUAACCCUUCACUGAUUUUGAAUUAUUAUAAAUGUUAUUACAAAGAGGUUGAUCAUUAAAUAAGUUUGUCCAACAGUAAUGUAAAACAUUUCAAAAUUUAGAGGGGUUAAAAAAAAUCUUGUUCAUUUUCUGCUCCUUUUUUUGUUUUAACUUAAUUUAACAUCCAGGUGGGAAAAUCUGCUUACUUGUUGUUGAUUGUUUUGCUAAAAUAUGCAAAUACACCUUCAUUCGCCACCUUGAGUGUCAUUACAUAGAGGAGCUGAUCUCAGAUCAUAGCGAAUCAACAGAUUCUGAUGUCUUUAUCUAAAAGCUUUUGAGUUCAGCAUCGGCUGUGAGAGAAUCAAUGCUGAUGAUGUGAGCUUCUCUUACUGGCUCAGUACAAAACUUUUGUGAAAUAUAUCAUACAUUUAGUGCAGUUAUACAUCUGAUAAAUAAGAUCACAAACCCAAAUAAUUGAUGUUUGAGCAUUGGAUUAUUGAACAUGUUUUUGGUUGAACUAAAAUUCUAUUUAAGAUUAUGUCUUUUGGGGGGGGGGUGGCUUUCAUUGAGAAGCACUGCCUUAGAAGGCACAUCCUCAUCUUCAAUACUCAAUUCUCUGUAGAUGCCCACUUCCGUUUUCUUUAUGGACAAAAUUGUAGAAACACUUAAGAUUCUAUUUGUUAACAAUUAGUUAAUGCAUAAGAUAACUUAAAUUACCAAUGAACAAUUAUUUUACAGCAUUUAAUAGUUCAUGAUAAUUUCAGCAUUUACAAAUACAUUUUUAAAUAAAUACAUCAUGAACGAACAUAUAUAACUGUAAUUGACAUGAACUAAUAUAAAUAAAUGCUGAAAAACUAAAUGGUUCCUAAAGCUAAUGUUAGCUAAUGAAUUUACAGAUACAACCUUAAGUUAAAGCGUAAAUUUCAUUUAAAUUUAAAGCGUACCGAACUUUCUAAUGCUCAACAAGUAUGCAAUUAUUUGUUUAAAAAUACGAGAACAAAAAAGCAUUCAUAUGAUGAAAUAAUAAUAAUGAUUUUCUAUUUUAAUAAAUGUAUUGUAUCUACA